AUGUCAAAUUCGCCAGAUAUAGCGGCAGAAGUGUCGAAAAUAGUAGAGGAGUCAGAGAAAUAUGGACCAGAAAAUGCAUUGACGUUAGAUCUCUCGCAUUUACGUCUUUUCGAGCUGCCAUACGAGCAAGUCGAGCGAGUAAAAUCCAGGAUUGCUCGACUUGCAUUAGGACAUAACUCUAUUUCACAUCUGAGUUCUCAUAUGACUGACUUCACUAGAUUAAGGUAUCUGAACAUUAGAUCAAAUCACAUCCGGGAGUUUCCUCGUGUCUUGUGCGAAAUGUCAUCGUUGGAAAUCCUCGACAUCUCACGUAACAAACUAAACGCUCUACCAAAGAAUUUUGGCUGUCUGAUGUCUCUUAAAGUGCUUUCCGUAUCGAAAAACAGACUCAAGGAGCUUCCGGCUUACAUUAGUAAAAUGCCCAACUUGGAAAUUUUAAAAGUUGACAAUAAUCCCAUCCUCUAUCCACCCAAGACAGUUAUGAGUAUGGAGAUCCAGGAAACAGAUAUGUCGCGUUUUCUUGCUGGAAUUCAAGGCUUCUUUCGCUCAGAGGAGGAAUCUGGUUAUCCUGUUCGAAAAGCUAUGACUAUUCCUGAGGACCAUGCAACUCACUCUAAGCUUUCCUUAGCCAAACGAAAUUCGGAACCACGCAUUCCACAUCCCCCUCUCCCCCAUGGUGCCACUAAUCCUAAAUCCGGGUCUUCGUCUGUGCCGACUACGACGCCGUCUGCCGUAACGGUCGAAGAAAGUGAAUCUCUUACUACAACUACAACUACCACUACUACUGCAGCAGUAGCAGUAGCAGUAGCAGCAGCAGCAGCUCCUUCUUCCACUACUACUACCACAACAACUACUCUAACUCCUUCUGCCCCUGCGCAUGUGCCGGAAAAACCAAGGCGCUCUACCCCUGAUAUUCUCGUUCCUCUGUCUACUACGUUACAAGCACUCGGUUCCCCGAGCCUUGUUAGCCCGCAUUCUGAUCCUCAAACAGCGCCGUCUAUAGCUUCUUCCACAAAUAGUGCUUCUACCUCGACAACACCAAAAUCGAAUCACACAGAGAAAAAGGAUGUUACUGCAGCAGCUCUUUCUCCUUCGGAUCAUCUAGAGCCACCGGCCAUUCCCACUCCUCAAACAUCCCCUUCUCCGACUCUCCUUGGUUCACCUAAUACAUCGAAUACUACUCUACCGGUGAGUCCGUCCUCGGUUACUCGGCGCGAGCGGUUUCGUAGCAAUAGCACAAGCGGCGAGCUCCGUCACUCAAGGCGAUCUUCCACGCAACGACGACUACAAACGCUGGAUGAACAUGACUCCUCUUCUCCUUCCCGCACCCACACCCGAGGCCAUUCUCAUGACUGCUUGUUGCAGACUACACAAGAACGCAUGGAUGUUGAUCUCAGUUCUCCUCAUGAAGCACAAAAACAGCUCGGUUGUUACUUUCGUAAGCUUCCAAACACUGAGAGCUCGGAAUCUUCACCAACGGAAAACGUCCGUCUGCUUGAAGCUUCGCGUGGCAUCUUAUUUGCACUUUCUCAAGUCCAUCAGAUGCUUCGAAACUAUCUUCUCUUCUGCAACAACUCCAGUGUUCUUAAUGUCAUGCAGAAACUGCUUCACAAUGCCAACACACAUGUAGGCUGGCUGGUUCAGGUACUGGAGAAAGUCACUGAGAGUUUUCAAGAAGAUCCUUUUGACACACAGUCUCUAAUUCACGCCUCCACCGCAUGCAUUGCUUCUUUCCGGCGCGUUAUAGAAGCUGCACGAAAGUAUUUAAAUGAGCUCACGGGUAGCGCUAAUGUCCGCUAUACACGGACAUUGAUUUUGAUGCUGUACGGUUCUGCCAAGGAGCUACAAAACUCCCUUCACCGCAUAAUUCCACCGAACGCUCAACCCGCAGCAGCGGAAAACCAACAUGUUACGUCUCCACUAAAUCAUCGACUCCCCUCGAGUGUGUUUCCUCGUCCCGACAAGGUAGCUUUGGGUGUUGCAACCCCUGCUGCCAUUGAAACUGAUCACCAGCUUCUCGAGAAAGUGAGUAUAGCUAUCAAAAGUGCGAAUUCUGUGUUAUCAUUACUCACGGAUGCUGUCGCUAAGAACGCUUUGGCGGGUGCUCAUCCUCAAACAGCUGCCACUGCUAAUACUAAUCCAUCAACUAAUGCCAAAUUGCGUGAACUCGCAAGUAUGGCCGUUUCCGCAAGUGAGAUUACACGACGUUUGAAAACACGCAUUGUGACACUACAUACACCACAUGACGAUUACGAAACAAUACGAUUUUUUGAUGAUACCCAAGCUUUUGUAAAAGCUGUCAUUGCUGUUGCUAAUGCGGCAAAAUCCGUGUCGACCGAGUUCAGCUUUAACAAAAACGUUCUUACGGGAUUGUCCACCUUGACUCGCUGCACAAAGGAGCUUAUUAUUCUCCUCUCUACAUUUGGUACACGACAGAAUCCAACUAAUAGCGCGGUACACGACACGCAAUCUAAUGCCAAUUUAUCACCCAUUUCUCGUGUUCCGGCCACCCCUCUGUCUGCCGCUCUGGGCUCUGCAGCACAAUCUAUAAUAUCUCCUCUUAUCAUGUCUCCGGCUGCAAUGCCCCAAUCCUCUAACCACGUCAAUUACGAUUAUUUCUCUGAGGUGGAUACAUCUUCCAUUGAUGCCAGCAGCAUUCACAAACCCUGA